AUGAUGAAGUUUGGGCGUUUCCUAAAGCAAUGGGAACUUAAGUAUUUUUUAAAACCUAGAUCUAAUCAUUUUAAUUCAGAAAAUUGUCAAAUAAAUGGAAGAGAAAAAGAAAUGAGUAUUUUUAAAAAAUUAAUUUUGAUAGGGGGAGGAGAAUGGACAGAAAAUAAGGAAAACGAAAUGAAAGAGAAAAAAAAAUAUUCUAUAGAAAAAGAUUGUGUAAAAAAAUGGACUACUUUUUUGGAAGAAAAUUAUGAACAAAUAAAAAAAGAAUUGAAUAAAAAAGAAAGACAAGUUAAAAAUUCUUAUGAGCAAUAUUUAUAUGAAUGUAUUAAAAAUAAUAAUUAUAAUGAUUUAUUAAUAGCUGAUAUUAUAUAUAAAAAUAAUAAAAAAAUAUUAUGUAUAGGAGAAGGGAAUUUGUCUUUUAGUGCAUUGUUACAAAAAAGGCUUAUUAAGUGUAAUGUUGUUGCAUCGUCUAUGGAAAAUGAAGAUUUGCUAGAACAAAAUUAUGGAGAAUUAUUUAUAAAAAAUAAAAAAAUAUUAGAAACAAAUGGUGGUAUAUAUAUACAAAAUAUUAAUGUAGAAACUGUAGAUAAACAUUUUUUAAAAAAUAUGUUUGAUAUUAUUAUUUUUAAUUUCCCAUUUACAUUACCAUCAAAGGAAUUUGUAGAACAAAAAUGGAAUAAACAGCUAGCUAGCCAAAAUGAAGAAAAAAAAAAUAGCUAUAUUAAAUAUUAUAAAAAAGAAGAAUAUUAUUUAAUGAAUAAACUAAUAUAUUAUUUAUUUAAAAAUUCUUAUAUUUUAUUAAAAGAAAAUGGAUAUUUACAUUUACGAAUAAAUGAUAAAUAUUUAACAUGUAGUUUUCCACGUGAUUUUAAUAUGCAUUUCCAACAAAAAAUAGAUUUUUAUGAUUCCUAUUUUAUUUAUAAAAAUAUGAAAUACAUUCCUUCAAUGUAUAAUUAUAAUUUUUUUAAUAAUAAAGGCAAAACGAAUGUUAUGUUUACAUCACAUGGAAAAAUUUUCAAAGGAUUUAAAAUGGAAUACACAUCAACAUUAGUUUUCAAAAAAAUAUGA